AUGGCAAUUCCCAAGUUCACCUACCUGGACAUCAAAGGUUUCGGAGAAGCAAUUCGGCUGGCACUCUACAUUGGGAAGAUUGAGUUUGAAGAUCACAGGGUCAGCUAUGCUGAGAUUCGAGAAAUGGCCAAAGAGGGGAAGCUUCCAUACGGCCAAGUGCCAGUUCUGCAGCUGGAUGGUGUGACUUACGCACAAAGUGGGGCAAUCUUACGAUGGGCUGGGAGACAAAGUGGUUUGUAUCCUGAGGAUCACAAGCUUCAGCUCAAAGUUGAUGCGAUUGAGGAGGCUUUAACUGACAUUAAGAAACUGCUUCCCUCAGUAUGGUAUGGAUCGAUCUUGGGACGAAAUCCUGCAACCAAAGAGCCCUUGGUGCCAAUAUCUGAUGCGCAAAAGGAAGAAGUGCUGCAAGCCCUGAAUGAAAUUGCCCUUCCCUACAGGUUCGGUCAACUUGAACGUGCCCUAGAGAACUCUGGUGGCCCAUACUUUUGUGGCGAGACCAUGACAACUUGCGACCUCAGCUUCUAUGUCAUGGGCUUGGGAUUUCUCACCGAUUGCUAUGCAUAUGGCGUCAGAACGACUAUUCUGGAUGAAUGCCCUCGAUUGAAAGCCUUGGUUGAGCGGGUCGGUGAUCACCCCAAAGUAAAGGAAUGGAACGCUGCUCACCCGUGA